CAACAUUCUCUUGUCCAUCAUCAGCAAUGAAAUUGAAUAACCAUGCUUCUCAUCUGAAAGCCUAUCAACAAAGUCAUAGCAAUAAUUGGCACACCUUCUACCCGGAGAAGAAAUUGAAGGAAAGAGUUACUCCUCUUGCAAUAUGGCAUCGGUCUAAGUAACCUGUGGAAUACCAAUAGGAUAAAGAUAAUGGAGAAACAAGGAUUGGUCUAAAUUUUCUCCUGAAGGGAAGAAAGUUCCUGAAGUCUGAAGGAAGCAAGUUUUUACAGCAACUGAUCAGUUAUCUCAGCCUCCACUAGUGGAAGCUUCAGAAUAAAUGAAUAAAGAAACAGAAAAAAUGGGCAAAUGGAACCAAACAACAGUGACUGAGUUUGUUCUUCUUGGUUUCACUGACCAUGAAAAGAUCAAGGCUGUCUUCUUUGUUCUCUUCUUAGCCAUCUAUCUACUCACUUUGGUAGGAAAUAUUGGUAUCAUCAUAUUAAUCUGGAUCAGCUCAUGCCUCCACAGUCCAAUGUAUUUUUUCCUCAGCAACUUGGCCUUCUUAGACUUCUGUUAUUCUUCUGCCAUUACACCCAAAAUGCUUCUCAAUUUCAUAACUGGAAAGAAGACAAUCUCACUGGCAGGAUGCAUUACACAAAUGUAUCUAUUUGCUUCUUUUGCAGAUGCUGAAUGCCUUCUUCUGGCUGCCAUGGCAUAUGACCGUUACAUGGCUAUUUGUAACCCGCUAAUUUAUCCCACUCUUAUGUCCCAUCGAGUUUGUUUCGGGUUAGUAGCUGGCUCUUAUCUUAUUGGUAGUAUAACUUCACUAAUUCACACUUAUUAUACAUUUCACUUGUCAUUUUGUGGAUCCAAUGUCAUCAAUCAUUUCUUCUGUGAUAUCCCUCCACUGUUAGCUCUCUCCUGCUCCAAUACUCACAUUAAUGAAAUUCUUCUUUUUGCCUUGUGUGGUUUCAUCCAAAUGAGCACUUUUUUGUUGAUUGUUAUCUCCUAUACUUAUAUCAUUUACACUAUCAUGCGGAUCCAUUCAGUUGAAGGCCGCCAGAAGGCCUUUUCAACUUGUACCUCCCACUUGACAGCUGUUGCUUUGUAUUAUGGAACCCUUCUGUUUACUUAUUUGCGACCAAGCUCCAGCUAUAUCCUGAAUACAGACAAAGUAAUCUCUGUUUUUUAUACUGUGCUUUUUCCCAUGCUAAACCCCUUGAUCUAUACUUUGAGAAAUGAAGAAGUAAAGGAUACCUUCAAUAAAUUAUUGCAAAGAAAACUGAUUGCACUCAGAAGGAUUAGGAGAUUUUUUUCAGUGUUUGCACUAGCAAAAUGCCACUUGUAGACUUGAAGCUGGGAAUACACAUAUACACAAACCUCUGUGAUUACACUUCAUUGACUAAAUUUCAACUGUAUUCAUUUUACUUCAUAUAAAACCUUU